CGAAAAAACCGAGAGAUCCUAAAAUGCGGCGACUGGAAUUAGUGCAAUUGGUAUUCCUUUCGAUUUGUUCCGUGUGCUUCAGUUCCGAGCCAAUUGGCACCGGCGGACCCUCCAUUGUGCACGAGGGGGACGAUGCCCUCUUGACAUGCGUUGUCAUGAAUCCCUUCAUUAAUGAGACUGUGAUAUGGCGCAAAGGACCGCACGAAAUACUCUCGGCUGGCAUGAAUCGGGUGACGUUAGAUAAGCGCAUCAGUAUUUUGCAUGACGGAGCUGGCAAGAAAAAGAAAAUUGCACAAGGAGGCGAAGUUUACGUGCUUCUUAUCAAAAAUGUAAAUCCCGAAGACACAGAUGUUUACGUUUGCGAGGUGAACAGUGAUCCCGUGCUGCGUAGUUUCCAUCCGCUACGUGUCAAAUCAACGAAAAAGGGCAAUAAAGGCAGCAAUAACACCACAGAGACAUCCAAAGAUUCGACACCUGUUACGGAAGAGGGCACCGAAGACAAUGAAAACGACGACGAAGACAAUGAUUUAAUGCCAUCUGUCACGCAUGACUUCACCGCUUGCUGCGACUCAUUAAAUGUGUCACUCAAAUGUAAAGGAUUCUGUUCGGUGCACAACAUCAUUGAUGGAUCGACGGGUGUCGAGCCGGAAGCGUGCGAAAAGGAUUUUCCCGCAAUCGUCAAAUGCAUGGCGGAUGGUCGGAAUCACGUGCCGUGCUGCGAACGCAAAAAAAUCCCCGAUAUUUGUCAGGAUAUGUGUCAAGGGGAAUAUACGCCGUUUACGGAUUAUUUGAAAUCGCGCGUUUCGUGUGUCGCUCAUACGUUGCCCGGAUUGCAGUGCAUUUUGGAGGGAAUUCAAGCGAUUCCGAGUGAACCGCAAUUUGUGUCGGUUUUGCCGUUGAACGAGAGAUCGAUUGAAGUUUCUUGGAGUGCUCCGGAAAAAUUGCCAAAAAGUGUGAAAAAUUACAGAAUUAACGUAACGCGCUUGAAUUCCUUCGAUGAAGACAAAAUUGCGACAGAAGCAGCAGUUUUUAGCAUUGUAGUGCCCGGAAGUGUUAAUAAAACUGUUGUUAAUGAUUUGGAGCCAUAUUCAAUGUAUGCGAUAACUGUGAUGAGUGAAAAUGAGCAUGGAAGUAGUUUGCCAAGUAUUCGAAUUCGAACCCUCACAUUGGAAAAUAAUACGGGACCUAAAAGACUUCCAUCGAAUAACAGUACUCCUGAAAUUCCAGACGUUCGUGGAUGUUGCAUCAAAAACGGCGUCACUCAUCGCACAUGUUUAGAGAAAAUGUGUGAUCCUGUUCGUGCCGAUUUCACCGAAGUUCCUGAUCUCAUGGUUUGUGCUCCAUGGGCGAACAUAACUUUCGCCUGUCUUGCCAACAAAAUUGAUCAUUCUCCUUGUUGUCGUUCGCGCGGCAUUCCCGAUAGUUGUCUCGAUUUCUGUACCGGCGAAGUAAAGAGCAUUAAUUUCAACUAUUUCAAGUGCCUUCAAUACAUGUCAGACUACAGCACUUGUUUACUCGAAGGAUAUGGAGUUCUGCCGGGUGCUCCAUUGCAAUUAAAAGCAACAAUGAUCUCACACAAUUUCGCCGUUAUCGAUUGGAAACCUCCAAAUGUCUUAGCUGACACGGUAGCGACUUAUCAUUUGCAUUACCGAAAACUCGGAAGCGGCGACGAAUAUUACGUCGUCGAUAAGGAGCAUUCUCCGAUGAUUUUGGAAGAUCUUGAUUCGACGACAUAUUACGAGGUAUUUGUCGUUGCCGUUAAUAUGUAUGGGCGAGGUUCUCCUUCAUCGCGUUUGGUGUUCCAAACGAAGCACGGAUACUACGUUGAUCCUUCGCCGAAUUAUAAUAUGACGAAUUGCUGCAUUUCUUCGGGAAUUUUGCCGCAAUGCAUGGUCCUGUGUUCGUACAAUAUCAAAAUGUCGGAUUUCCAUGCUUCCGGAGCAGUUUGCCAACAACAAGUAAGUUCGUUAUUGCGAUGUGCGGCGGGCGGUAGAGAUCAUACGGAUUGUUGUACGCGUCGUGGCGUCACGAAUUCUUGCAUUUCGAUGUGUCGCGGUGUCGUUUCGAAUCCCUCGAACGAUUGUUUGGCCUAUGCGGGAAAUAUUAUUCAAUGUCUCGAAGAGGGAACGGAAAAUAUCCCCGGUCCUGUCGAAGAUUUGCACAUAAAUGCUGUUAGUAACAACAGUUUGUCGCUCGCAUGGGCUCCAAGUGAGACAAUGAAGAAUAAUUCGGAAGCCCAAGCCACGGAUUUCCUCGUGCAAUACGGAAAAGUCGACAAUAUGACGAUGUACGAGACAGUAAUUCGCUUGGAAAACGAAAUAAAUACCACAGAAACUGACAUUGAACUCACAAAUCUCGAGGAAAAUGCAAUGUAUCGCAUAAUGGUCAUCGCUCGAGGCAUCCAUGGUCAAUCCUUGCCCUCAUCAAUGCUUUUAGUGAACAUUUCUCAAGUAAAUCGUGACUCGACAGUCUUUGGAGCUCCAUCGCCGCCUCAUACACUCACCGUAACAGGACACAGUGCAACUUCCAUUACCGUUGCUUGGCAUCCGCCCGAGUUUUCGCAUCCACACGAAGAAAUUUCCUACCAAGUUUUCCACAAAAAUCGAUACAAUUCGUCGGUUGUCAGUACGAGACUUCAAUGGGCCCGUUUUUCGAAACUUGUACCGAAUUCGCAGCACAUUAUUUACGUCGUGGCAAUCGGAAAAAUGGGAACAAGUCUUGCUUCGGAAACACUUGUUGCUUGGACUGAUCCAGCAUUGCCGGCAUUUGUGGAGCCGCCAACUAUUCAACCGGCGGAUAUGAUUCAAGAAGGCGGAAGUAUGACAGUUUUGUGUUUGGCUUUGGGAAAUCCUGCGCCGACGAUAUCGUUGUACGUUGGAGGACAUCUUGUGCGACAAGAUACUUCAAGGCAUAUGGUAACGACAAUUCAUAAUAUUACGUCGGAUAUGAAAGAUGUUUCGUGUUAUGCGGAUAAUGGGUAUGGAGUGCCCAUGCAAGCUUCGAAGAAAAUCAGUAUUAGUUAUCCUCCAAGAUUGAAGCCCGGCGGCAUUCAAGUUGCAUCAGUUGGUGAUACAGUAGAAUUAAAAUGUAACGUAAAAGCGAAUCCAAAACCCAAAAUGUUAUUCUGGCGCGAUCAUGAUGGUCGAGUGCCUGUAAUUCAAGGAGCUAAUUUCGACAUGACGAUGUCAACUGAUGAUAAUGACCCUGAAGUUUACGUAAUGUACUUAAAAAUCAACAAAAUGACUCUGCAAGAUGCCGGCGACUAUUUCUGUCACGCCGAAAAUGCAUUGGGAGAUGCAACACGUGCCGUUUCCGUGCGAAUUCGCAAUACGACGCCCAUUAAAAAUAUUACGGAAUGUUGUGUGCAACAAAAUGUGUCGGCUCCGUGCAUGACAGCAUGCAGUUUUUACAUUGACGUUGAGUCCGUGAUCGAUAAUCCGCGAUGCUUGGCUGAUUUUGAUAAAUUAAUGAAGUGUGCGGCGGAUGGUUCGGAUCAUCGAGGAUGUUGUGUGCAAAAGCAAGUGCCGAGAAAAUGCUUGAAUUGGUGUCGCGGAGAACCUGUUGUGUCGAAUGGCAUUUGUACGUUGCAAUAUACAAAAACAAUUAUUGGAUGUUUCCAAGAAAAUCAUGAUAGACUGCCAGGACCUCCGACGGAUGUUUCUGUUGAGAUUUCGGAAGAUAAGCAAGUUCAUGUCAGUUGGCAAGCUCCAAUGAAAAAUCCUCAUACCAUCGAAGGAUAUCGCGUAUUUUGGUACGAAGUCGAAGAAUCAAAAGAAAUCGGAAAUUACUCAAAUAUGAUUGGAAAUGGAGGUCCCGGAAGAGCUGACACAAAAGAAGCUGAAAUUGUGUUAGAAGGACUUCAACAGGGAAUUUUGUACGAAUUAGUUGUCAAAGCAGGCAAUCAUUUCGGUGCCAGUAUUUUAUCCCGUCCCAUUCGCUUCACACUCGACGAUAGAUUAGUGACAUCAGCAAGCCAUAGCAAACAUGCCGGCGUCAUUGGCGGCAUCAUAGCGGGAAUAAUUGCCAUUGCAUUAGCCAUUGUCGCCCUCAUGCUCAUCAAAAAACGCAAACUACGACAAAAGACUGUUAACAAUAACGGUGUUGCCUUCGAAAAUCCAAGUUAUUUGCGCGAGAUUCACAUGGAUCGUGUGCAAAUCACCCCAAUUACCGUACCAACCAGUAGCGUUAAUAAUAAUAAUACAACAACAACAACAAGCACUACCAGCAACAGCAAUAACAACGACUGGAGAAAUGAAGAACUAACGACACCAUCUAGUCAAAUUCCUGCCGAGACAGAAGUGAAUCCCACGUUGAUCGAAGAACUGAAGUUGGGUUCAAGUAACGCCGGAUUCCGGAAACUCGUGUCAUAAUAGAUGCCUUCGUUCUUUCAUUGAAAAAAAAAAAAAAAAAAAUUAUUAAAAAAAUUUCCUUUUCUUAAUCACAUUAAUUAUUAAGCGUGUGUAAAAAAAAUAAAAGCUAAUAAUUUUAAGAUAAAAGGACAACAAAAAACGCGACAAAAAAAAGAGAAAUUAAUAAAAUUUAAAUAUUUCUUUGAAGCCAUGUGAACAACUUGACGACGACGACGACGGAAAGAAGUAAUUAAUCAAAUUUUACGAACGUCAAAACUUAUUGUUGAACUUUUCGGCGUCAUACUCACACAACACACACAAAAAACAUCAACAAAUAUUUAAUUAAAAGGUCUUUAUAAUAAAGCAAUCAAUUUCGACAAACCCCUUCCAGCCAGCGUUCCGGGAAGUAAAUAUUCUCCUAUUCGCCAGACAAAAAAAAAAUGAACACACAAAAUUAACUCAUUAAUCACUGAUUAGUGACAUCUGUUACUUUUUUACUUUUAUUUUUUGGGUUAAUGUCUGUUUUGUGUGUGUCUUAAUUCUCAUCAGCAUCAUCGGUUGUUGUCAUCAUCAUAAAAAAAGGCCAUAAGUUCUCACAAAAGAUAAAAAAGGGAAAUCAAUAACGGAUAA